AUGGCGUCCCCUUCCAGCUUCACCCGCCAUACUGCACGUAAUCAACCAGUCAGAAGCAGCUUCAGCUACAAUGCAGCUGCUGCCACAUCAGAGCAUGACCUCAGUGAACCACUAUCUGCCCUGGGUGACCAGAGGAGACCAGAGGGCUGUCCACCAUCUGUCAGUGGUCCACCUACCUAUAGUUUCAGAGCAGCAGGAGUUCUGAGGUACCAUCGGGAGUCUGACAACCACAGUAUGAAUUUAACAACCCUUCUAGCAGCGUCCCAGCCUCUGGCAGAAUACCCUGUGAAAUGUGAGUACUGUGGAGAAAAGGCCAAACCGUCGCUGGAUCUAACAUGGGCACAGCAACCUGAGACGGCCCCGCUCUUCUGCUGUGCCCACUGGCAGGAGCUGUGUGAGAUGCUGGUGAAGCAGAGGUGUUUGGCUGGCGUGAGAUGCAACCUGAGGGCUGGCACUCCGCCUCUGGACGAGCCAGCCACAGAGGCGGAGGAGCUUCUGUUCCGAGGCAGAGAGAUGGAGGAUCACAACAAGUUUAUUGUGGACUUACCGAGCGGACUUGGAGAACAAUCAGAAGUGAGGAUUUACGAGGAUUACUCAAUCCAACUACCUGUAGCAGAAACCUUUGCCCCAACAUCAAAGGUGCUCAGCUUCCGGCUCUCUUGUGCUCCAGCAAAAGGAUGCUGGACAGUGCAUGCUAGUAGUGAAGGUGAGACACGCUUGAAGAUAAAAGAGGAAGAGGAGCAGGUGUUGGUCCCUAAUUGUGACCACAAGCCACUUCAUUUCGGUAUAUGUCACCAACAGGUUGGGUCAGAAUUUCGACAGAAGUAUUAUUCCAAUGGCAUGAAAUUUCUUACUGUGUUUCCCGAUGGCUCUGCUCAGGUCUUUUAUCCCUCUGGCCUCUUGGCUCUCGUUGUCGUGGUCACCGAAGAGGAUGGAAGAGUCUGCAUAGUGUAUGAUGACAGCGAUGCCACCCACCAACCAAUUAGAGCCGUGUUCCAGUCUGAUGGCAGGGCGACAUGUUAUCACAGCAAUGGAAACAUAUGGCUUGCCUUAAACAGAUCGGGCGGUCAGUGUUUGGAUGAGGAGGGUGCCAGGCUUCGUCAGUGGAGCUGGAGCAGUCUGAGCCUCAACCCCGCUCCCCUGCACCCUGUCUUCCUGUCCCUCAACAGAACCGUCGGGGUCCGAGUCCUUGGGAGGGAACAAGUGUUUGUCUCCCUCCUGGCAAGAGGCCAACAGGCGAAGUUCAGCGUGGGUACCUGCUGUGCUCAGGGUGGAUGUAAAAAAAACAAGGCUGCCUCUGGACCAUCAAUACUGAAGGAGGAGCUGUUAGUGCUGGCAGCCAGGGUUAGGAUCCACCUGGCCUUUCAGCACCUUCACCAGUGCCUGACGACCCCCACCCGUCCCUGGCUGCCAAAGACCACACGAACCCCUCGCCUCCAUGUUGUUGCCCAACGGCUUCUGUCAGUCAGUGCUGGUGUGAUGAUGAGCGACAGUGACAGAGACUUUAUCCACAGGUGCCUUCGGGAUUGUCUUUGA